CUAUGAAGAUUUCAUACAAGUACUUAAACAAAAGAUUCAAUUCAAUUGGAAGGUCCCUUCAGACUAUAUUAUUGGAAAAAGACCUGUUGCUGGCAUAGCUACUGAAGAGCUAGUGAACAAAGCGAUGCUAUCAAAAUGUUCGACUUUGCUUAGCUCGAUGUAUAUGGUAAAUGCUGCAAAGACACUCUUAACAAGAUUAAGGUGCCUUUUAACAUGGCAGGAAGGCGAAGGUUGCUUUCUAUCAACUGAAGACCGCAUACAAUAUCUACGCAGUCGCAUUGUUUACAAACUAUUUUGCACCAGUGAACAUAUUUUACAUCAAGAAAUUCAGCUUCUUAAACAAAGGAAAACUUGCAUGUCACAUAAGUCAGCACUAUGCGAAAUAAAAGAAUUAGAGUCUGAUUUGAAUACGGACGCACACCCACUGAAGAUUCCUGCCACCAAAUUUCCACCAUGGGCACUUAAAAGAAACGUGUUUGUGAAUGAAUUAGCUCUCCUGCGUAAAGAAAUAACAAAUAACUCUACGUAGCAGACACAUUUUCAUAGCGUAGCAAAUCCAUUGCAAGAGAAUGGCUGGAAUUUCAUAUACACGGAUGGAGUCUCAUUUGCUAUAACAAACAGUAAUGACGACACUGUAACCUGUGGACUCCUCCCUAACUAUGCAACCAUAUUUGACGAGGAACUGCAGGGCAUAUUAUCAGCUUUGUCUGUGACUAAAGGCAUCAAUAAAAGACACGGUGAUAUACAGUGACAGUCUAUCUGUCUUUAAAGCUGCAAAAAGAUUUCGUAUUACUGUCGAUUAGUUAUAGCCUCCACUGUAUUGGAAAUAUAAAAAUAAACUUAAAUGUUUGUUCAUAAGAAUAUGAAUAAACAUACAUACAUUCGUAUUUUUCACACUUCCUUUAUUUAAACUUUACUACUUUAUAAGCACUUACAAUUAAUUACUA